CGGUGUAACAGGAAGUGCUGCCAUCUUAAAAAUAUUUUUACUGAGCAGAACCUAACCGAUGGUUAUAAACAAAAUUUUAGAUAAACAUUAUUGUUAGAGCUCCCAACACUUCUAAUUUUCUACAAAAAUAAUAUGCAACACAAAAUACAUUUUCUUGCGGUUGUGAAAUGCAUUUUAUUUCUGUAUAUUCAGUGUUUCAUCGGAUAUUCGAAAAAUUUUACAUAAAAAAUCGAAUUCUUAAAAAAAGUAACAAAAAUUGAGAGCUAAUUUAUUAUUGUCAAUUCACAAUUUUUAUUUCGUUUCCUGUUGGCUUUUUAUUAUUGUUAUUUAUUAGAACAAUUCUCGUUUAAAGUUGCGUAAUUUCUAAAACAUCCUGUAUAUAGAUAGCGAAAAAUAGUUUAAGCAUAGAUAUCCUAAUUGAACCCCGAGUAAAGACAUAAUGUGUCAUGUCAUAAUUUAUCCAAUAGUAUUUAUUUACAACCGAAUUAAAUUGACCUUCCUCUCUAUGUAAUACAUAUUGCUAGAUAGAGUCGCAGAAUUAAACCCGCAAUGAUACCUAUAGUAUUGUUCAUCCUCGUUUGCACAAUUUGCUAUUUUUUGGUAAAAAAAAACCAUGAAUAUUGGGAAAAACGUGGCGUAGUUGGCCCCAAACCGUCAUUCCUUGUGGGAAAUGUCGGAAAAUCUUUCAUCUUGCAAGCAUCUCCGGGCGAAAUCUACACGGAAAUCUACAGAAAGUACAAAAAUGCGAGCGUUGUCGGCUUAUUCAGAUCAGAAACUCCGAUCCUUUUAGUCCGUGACCCUGAAUUACUCAAAGAAAUUACAAUAAAAUCCUUCCAACAUUUCCGAGACAAUGAUAUCGAUGUUGACAAAAAACACGACCCACUUUUUGGACGAAAUCCUUUUGCGUUGAGAGGGGACGAAUGGAAAACUGUGAGGGGGCAACUAACUCCCGGAUUCACAAGCGGAAAAAUGAAAUGGUUGUAUUCCUAUUUGGAAACCAAUGCUAAAAAAAUGGUAGAGUUUCUCCAGAGAGUACCAGAGACGAGCUAUGAAGCCAAAGAAUUGAGCCUUCGAUUUACUUUGAACAACGUGGGAGACGCUGUAUUUGGCAUCGAAGGGAAAUGUUUUGAGGAGGAAAAUAGCGAAUUUCGAAAACUAUCAAAAGAGUUUUUGUCGCCUGGAAGUUACGGAGUGAUUAUGAUCUUUUUAGCAACACUGUUUCCCCCCAUCACCAAAAUAUUUCCCUUGAGAUUUGUUACAAAAUCGGUCGAAAAAAAGCUCACCAAUUUAGUAUCCGAUGCUUUGAAAUAUCGAAAAGACAACAACAUCGUCCGCAACGAUUUUAUGCACAUUUUAAGUCAAUUGAAGCAAACUUGCGAGGGUUUUACCGAUCUUGACGUCACAGCCCACGCGGCUGGAUUUUUUGGUGAUGGUUCUGAGACCAGUGCAAUGGUACUGAGUUUUGUUUUGUACCAACUAAGUGUCAAUCCAGACCCUCAAUCAAAACUGAGAGACGAAGUAACAAAAGCGUUUGAGAAAAAUAACAAUAAUUUGCCCUACGAAGUAGUGCAAGAUUUGGCAUAUCUAGAGGCUGUUAUACAAGAAACUCUUCGAAUCCAACCUCCAAUUCACUCGUUGCAGAAGUUGUGCACAAAAAACUUCACUUGGACACUAAAAGAAACCAACAAGCCUCUUGUUAUUGAAAAGGGGACUCCCAUUAUCAUACCCAUGCUAGCACUUCAACGUGAUGAGGAACAUUUUGAGGAUCCAGAAAGUUUUCAUCCUGAAAGGUUUCUCGGCAAAAACCGGGAAAAUAUUAAAAAGUGCACCUAUAUGCCCUUUGGAGAAGGACCAAGGGCCUGUUUAGGACAACGAUUUGGGUUGUUGCAAAUUAAAGUGGGAUUGGCUUAUAUCAUCAAGAAUUUUGAAUUAACUCUUAAUAAAAAAACUAAGUUACCGCUUAAGUAUGAUCCCACCAAUGUGUUAAUUACACCAAUCGGGGGUCUUUGGCUUGACUUUAAGAAGAUUGAGUGAGAAUUUAAUACCUUGUAACCCCACAAAAAAAUUAUACAAAAAAAGAAAACAAAAUACAUUUCUUGCGAUCAAAGUAUUUUCAUUUUUUUAUGUUUCUCUAGCGGACUGGUUUUCUAUAAUACCGAAAUGUAACGGUCUUUUAUAACCAGCAGUAAAAAAUUAAUCACCAAUUUAGAAAACCAAACAGAGUUGUUGAUCAAAAUUUCAAAGCUACAAAUUAGGUACUGCAAACAACCAAAUAUUCCAUUUUCUCAUAAUGAUAAUUCAUAAUUUACUUCCACAAUUUUUGAAAUGCAAUUUCAAGUUAAAAAACACCAGUAUUUUCCAGAAUCAUAAAUUGUAAUUCCUCUUUUUCUCAUUGACCAGAUUAUUUUUUAUUUAGUUAUUAUCAUG